GUCUGCCUAGUCUGGGCCUCCUCCAGUCUCUAAAAUAAUCUGCUCCUUCAUGCCCAACCCCUAUGCUUAGGACCCUAGGGUCCUAGAGCACCUUCCAUCUGCAUGAUCCAUCAAGGGGUGAAGGAUGAAAUGACAUAAGUAGCAUGUUUAUCAUCAUCAAACAUGGAGAAUUCUUCCAUCCUAUCUCUUCUCAGACAAUCAAGAGUUUCUGGUCAAUUCCAAUUGCUCUGUCCUCCUGUUGCUACAUUACAUCCGAAAGAAAAUGAAAUUACGGAAAACAGACACCAUUGAUUUGUGUGAUGAAUCGGGAACCAUGAAGUUACUCUUCCUGUCAAAGACACCUGGAGACUCUGCCAGCAAAUUCCUUACAGCUCGAAAUACCUACUAUGUUUGUAAAGUGGAACGUGGGGCACCAGGUACCAGAAUUGAGAAUUCCUACAAAGCUAUUGUGCCCAUGCUGAAGAAUCCAGAACCUGAACUAGUUGACUCGCUGCGCACACAAUGUGACUUCCUGGAGAGGAGCAGAAUAAAGAUGCUUAGAACUCUAGAAGCCAAGAGACUGGCAGCCAUGGAAUCCUCUGUAAAUCUCCCAGCAAGGUCUCCCAAGGGUGGUGGAGCCCAGCAGACUACUAGCACAAGCAGUCAACUGAAGUCUAAAGGUGGGCGAUCAGAUGAAGACGGACCACCUUCCACCCGCAGACCAUUCUACAAGACUAGAGCAGACUUUCUCAAGAGACAUCGUUAACUCAAUACAAAGACCAAGUGAGAGCAGCAGCU